UUGUUGUUUACUUCAGAGAGGUAUUGGAAUAAUGCUGGAAAGACACCCUUCCUUACCUCUACUUUUUGGGAAAGUGGAAAGAACGUCUGUGCCACCAGAUCUGAUGAAAACAAGUCAGUGGAACAGCGCCGGAUGCUUUUCUCCCUCUGGAAUGUCUCAGAAAUUGAAGGGUGUCAUGAUGACCUUUGAGGAUAUUGCUGUCCAUUUCACGGAGGAGGAGUGGACUCUGCUAGACGAAGACGAGAGGGCUCUGCACCGAGACAUCAUGGAGGAAAAUAUAGCCACUCUGAUCUCUCUGGCCACUCGCAUGAGAGAGGAGGGGCGUGAGAAUGAAGAAACUACAGUAUGCUUGGGAGCCGACAAAGAGAAGAAGAGGAAAGAACCUUUUAAAAACGACAGAAGCUUCAAGGUUAGAAGCAGGCUUCCUUCCGAUCACCAAUUCCAUGUGGCAAAGAAGCCGUCGCAAUAUCUGGAAGGGGAAACGGCCUCCAGUCAGACUGGAGAUCGUUCUUCCCAUGAGAGAAUUCUCACCGGGGAGACACAGUUGAAAUGCUUGUUAUGCGGGGAGAAUUUCAAUCAAUUUGGAAAUCUUGCAUCUCACAUGAGGAUCCAUAACUUUAAAUGUUUGGAAUGUGGAAAGAGCUUCAGGGACACAUACGGCCUUGCUUUGCACAUGAGAAUCCACACGAGAGAAAAAACGUAUAAGUGCCUGGACUGUGGAAAGAGCUUCUGUGACAGGAGAAGCCUGGUUUGCCACAAAAAAAUUCACACGGCAGAGGAAGUCUUUAAGUGUUUGGAAUGCGGGAAGAGCUUCGGUUACAGUGGAGAUCUUUCUUCCCAUCUGCGGAUCCACAGGGGGGAGACGCAACUGAAAUGCUUGUUGUGUGGGAAAGGUUUCAGUCACUUCAGAAACCUUGCAUGCCACAUGAAAAUCCACAGCUUUAAAUGUGUGGAAUGUGGAAAGGGCUUCAGGGACACACAAGGCCUUGCAUCUCACAUGAGGAUCCAUACAGACGAGAAACCGCUUAAAUGCUUGGAAUGUGGAAAGGGCUUCAUUCACAGCGGAAAUCUUUCUCGCCAUAUGCGAACCCACACAGGGGAGAAACCCUAGAAACGCACGGCAUGGGCAAAGAGCUUCAGAGAGUCUGGAAUCCUUGCAUCUCACAUGAGAAUCUAUACGGGAGAAAAUAUUUUUAGAGGCAUAGAAUGCGUGAGGAGCUUCAAGCGCAACAGCCACCUUAGUUACCAUCGAAGUACUCAGGUGGCAGAGAAAUGGCUUAAAUGCAUGGAAUGUGGGAAGGGCUUCAGUCACAGGUGCAACAUUCAACAUCAAAUAACUCACACUGAGUCCCCCAGGCAGAAGUUCAAUGGGCAGGAAGGGCACCAGAGGGGACACACCUCCCCAACAUCUGUAUAAUCAUUUGUGGGGUUCAGUAAAACAGGAAUUGCCUCCUCACCCCCUCUCUUAUACAUCCUUCCUUUAUGCCUUCUGUUCAUCACCUCUCUCUGUCAUCUUCAUCCUCUCCCUUCCUCCCUCCAGCCCUUCUUUGUUCUCUCCCUUUUCUGCUUCACCAGAGAUCUUCCUUCUCUUUCAUUGUCAUGGCUUUUUAAAAAUAGCACCCAAGAGCAGGAAUUCCUACUCAUAACUCAAGAGAAAAAUACCAAGAAGAAGGCAACAGCCUACAUGGAUUAGGCAGUGGGAAAAAUGUGAUAUCUAAAGGUCCAUUGGAUUGAUGUGAAGAGAAGCAUUUGAGGGGUAUCGACAGGCCACAAGCUAAACCGGCACCGAUGGCAGCAGAAAAAAAAAUUGAAGCAACUGAAAUAUGUGUAUGGAGUCAGCAUCACGGGAACGCCAUUGUACAGCUCUUCUUUCUGCCCCCCCUUACUUUUAAUGAGACCUCACUUGGGAUCCUACGUCCAGUUCUGAAAAGACUGAUUCAAGAAGGAUGCUGAAAAGAUGGAAACGUUUCCAGAGGGGGGUGGUUAAAAAAAAGGUCUGGAAACUAUGUCCCGCAAUGAGUGGAUGAGCAGGGUCUGUUUGCCUUGGAGAAGUCUCAGAUGUGAGAUUACGUUCUCUUUUCCCAUAGUCCUCAUCCUUCGCUUUGAUGGUGUCUGUCCUCCUUUUUCAUAACGCAAUGGUGGCCAUUCUGCAGAUGAGCCUUGCUUGAUAUCUACGUCCCGUUGGCUUAUUUGGGGAGGAGAGUUGCUAAAAGGCGGUGCCAGGACACCGUGACGUCAACAGUGAUUAUGUCUAAAUAAGUGGGGGAGGGCAGGGGGAAAGGGUCUGUUGUGUGUCUAUCCUUCCUCCUGACUUUCUAAGUUGCCUUUUUGGAGUGAUCUGUUUGUGGUACCAUGGCUUCAUUUUAGGGACAACAGGAUUAAGGGGCUAAAGCCUUUUCUCUUGGCCCAGCAUUCGUCCUUCUGUGAAUAAGGUAAAGGUUCCCCCUUGACAUUUAGUCCAGUUGUGUCUGACUCUAGGGCGCGGUGCU